AUGCCGGCCCCCGGCGCGGCGCCAGCGGCGCGUUACGGGAUGCACGUGAGGGGAGGCAAUAAUGCAGGGCAUACAGUUGUUGUGGAUUCUGUGGAGUAUGACUUUCAUCUUCUGCCAAGUGGGAUCAUCAAUCCAAAAGUGACUGCAUUCAUUGGAAACGGCGUUGUAAUUCAUUUGCCGGGACUCUUUGAAGAAGCUGAGAAAAACUUAAAGAAAGGAAAAGGGCUAGAAGGCUGGGAAAAAAGACUAAUAAUUUCUGACAGGGCUCAUAUUGUGUUUGAUUUUCACCAAGCUGCUGAUGGCAUCCAAGAACAACAGAGGCAAGAACAAGCAGGAAAGAAUUUGGGAACUACCAAAAAAGGAAUUGGUCCAGUAUAUUCUUCUAAAGCAGCUCGAAGUGGACUCAGAAUGUGUGAUCUUGUUUCUGAUUUUGAUGAAUUUUCUGAGAGGUUCAAAGUGUUAGCCAAUCAGUACAAAGCGAUAUAUCCUACCUUAGAGAUAGAUAUUGAAGGGGAAUUGAAAAAGCUCAAGGGCUGCAUGGAAAAAAUAAAGCCAAUGGUAAGAGAUGGUGUUUAUUUCAUGUAUGAGGCUUUACAUGGACCACCAAAGAAGAUCUUAGUAGAAGGUGCAAAUGCAGCACUGCUGGAUAUAGAUUUUGGCACGUAUCCUUUUGUGACUUCAUCAAACUGCACAGUUGGAGGUGUGUGUACAGGUCUGGGCAUGCCACCGCAGAAUGUCGGGGAAGUGUACGGAGUUGUGAAAGCUUAUACAACCAGAGUUGGCAUCGGUGCCUUUCCUACAGAACAAAAUAAUGAAAUUGGAGAAUUGCUGCAAAUGAGAGGUAAAGAGUUUGGCGUUACCACUGGUAGAAAGAGAAGAUGUGGCUGGCUGGACCUUGUGUUACUCCGAUAUGCUUACAUGAUUAAUGGAUUUACUGCAUUGGCACUUACCAAAUUGGAUAUCUUGGAUGUAUUUCCGGAAAUCAAAGUUGGUGUUGCGUACAAACUAGAUGGUGAAAUCAUACCUCAUUUUCCUGCCAACCAGGAAGUCUUAAAUAAAGUAGAGGUUCAGUAUGAGACACUCCCAGGAUGGGAUACGGACAUAUCAAAUGCAAGGACGUUUGAUGAGCUGCCUGUAAAUGCACAAAAUUAUGUUCGCUUUAUAGAAAUGGAGUUGGGUGUUCCUGUUAAAUGGAUUGGAGUAGGGAAAUCCAGGGAAUCAAUGAUCCAGCUGUUUUAAAGAUUUCAGAUGCAUGGAAGAAAGCACACUCCUCAAAGACUGCUCAUUCUUAAAUGCAUUAGUAGCCCGCAAAGCAAAGAUGUUGGAAAGAUAGAUUUUUGCAUGGAAAGAAAUGCUAGAGUUGAGACCCCCAAAUCAGUCGCUACUCCUGAAAGAGACUUUUAACAUGAACCUGUAUCAGUUCUUGUUUGACUGCAAUUUCCAGGACACUUGUCACUGUUGUUCAAGGUGCCAUCAGAUUUAUUUUUUCUUAUGUAAUAUUUACUUCAUAAUGUAAUUCCUGUUUGAAAAUCUAAGGUAGCAUUACUUUCAUGACUGUUUGUCUUUGUUAUCCUCUCUCUGCUUUCGGCGGUGUUACUUCCCUGAAAUUUUAGACAGUAAAAACAAUGCAGUUUUGCACAGAUAGUUUUACAUCCUCAUUAUUUGUAUUCCUAAAGCUGUUGUAUUCUUAAUGGCUGCUCUUGUGAGUGAUUAAAGAGGGGGGUUCUGAUUUUAUAAUGCUAUAAA